AUGACAGUUUCGCCGGUGCUCCAUUCCGGUGAACUCUUCAAGUCUGCUUCUUGCACAUCUCCAUUCAUCUUCAUUGUUCACUCUUCCACCGCAUCUCCAAGCUUUGGCCAUUUGAAGCCUUCUGUCCUACUCCUCGCCGGCGAAGGGACAUCGGGAUCUUGGAUUCCCGUUAUCAUCAAUUUGCAUAUCUUGUUCCGGCGUUGUAUAAUCUUGGACUUAGUCCAUGUUCGGUCCAUAGCCAGCUUUGUUUUGCUCGGCCACGACCUGCUCCGGUAUGGCGACUCUGACGGCCAGUCUUGGUCCACCGGCAACUACUCACGCAGCUUCCCAAAUCGUAUCUCCAUCGACCAUCUAAGGCGGCCUAUUGCUCUUAAUUAUUUAGCUUUGCCCACAAAGUGUCCACAACCUCCGUCGUUGGAUACAUUAGGCGUGUGUUUUUAUGAACCUUCCUCUAUCUUAACAGAGAGAAUUUCCUCUCUAUGA